ACCUUACCCAUGUCUCUCUCUCUCUCUCUCUCGUUUUCUCUUGAUUCUCAACCAGCAAUCAUCCCUUCGGGACGAAGGAACGGGAUCCUCUUUCCCACCAUCCACCCAACCCUCUCUCACUUUCUCCUCUCGUUUAAAUAACAAAUAGAGCUCGCCGACGCCACCGAAACGGGGAGACCAGUGAUGGCGUCGGCGGCACUCCUCCUCCUCCUCCUCUACUCCUCCUCCCCCUUCUGCCACGUAGCAGCAGCAGAGGAGAAGCGCCGGACGUACAUCGUCCACAUGGCCAAGUCCCGGAUGCCGGCCACCUUCACUGAUCACGGCCACUGGUACCACGCCUCCCUCCGCUCCGUCUCCGACUCGGCCGAGAUCCUGUACUCCUACGACACGGUCUCCCACGGCUUCUCCACCCGUCUCACCCCCGCCGAGGCCGCCACCUUGGAAUCCCGUGAGGGCGUCCUCUCCGUUCUCCCGGAGGUCCGCUACGAGCUCCACACAACCCGGACGCCCAUGUUCCUAGGCCUGGAUGAGAGCCACGGUCUCUUCCCGCAGGCCGACACGGGCAGCGACGUCGUGGUGGGACUUCUCGACACCGGGGUAUGGCCGGAGAGGAAGAGCUUCGACGACACGGGGUUCGGACCGGUGCCGGCCGGGUGGAAGGGAGCGUGCGAGGAGGCGAAGGACUUCAAGGCGACGUCGUGCAACCGGAAAUUGAUCGGGGCGCGGUUCUUCUCCAAAAGCUACGAGGCCACAGUAGGCCCCAUCAACGGGACCACGGAGUCCAGAUCUCCGCGGGACGACGAAGGCCACGGGACUCACACCGCCACCACCGCUGCCGGCUCCGCCGUGACGGACGCCAGCCUCUUCGGCUUCGCUAACGGCACCGCCCGCGGGAUGGCGACGCGGGCGCGCGUCGCCGCGUACAAGGUGUGCUGGGCCGCCGGGUGCUUCAGCUCCGACAUCCUCGCCGCCAUGGACAGGGCGGUGGACGACGGGUGCCACGUCCUUUCUCUGUCGCUUGGCGGCGAGAUGACGGAAUAUUAUGAGGAUAGCAUCGCGAUCGGAGCGUUCAACGCGAUGGAGAAAGGGCUCCUGAUCUCGUGCUCCGCCGGUAACGGCGGCCCCAUCGCCUCCAGCGUCACCAACGUCGCCCCCUGGAUUAUUACUGUGGGCGCUGGAACUAUCGACCGGGACUUCCCCGCCUACGUUGUGCUCGGAAAUGGCAAGAACUAUACCGGGGUGUCGCUCUAUAGUGGGAAGCUGCUUCCGAAAUCGCCUCUCCCCUUCGUGUACGCUGGCAACGCCAGCAACGCCACCGACGGGAAUCUUUGCAUCCCGGGGACCCUGAUACCGGAGAAGGUGGCCGGGAAGAUCGUUCUCUGCGACCGUGGGAUCAACUGGCGUGUCCAGAAGGGGUACGUGGUGCGCGAAGCCGGCGGUGCCGGGAUGGUACUCGCCAACGCCGACACCUACGGCGAGGAGGUCGUUGCCGACGCCCACCUCCUCCCGGCCACCGCCGUCGGCCAGAAGGCCGGUGAUGCCAUCAGAGCGUAUCUACGAUCGAAUAAAAAUCCGAAGGCGACGAUCGUAUUCGGGGGGACGAAGAUCGGGGUGCGGCCGUCGCCGGUGGUGGCCGCGUUCUCGUCGAGGGGGCCGAAUUUGGUGACGUCGGAGAUCCUGAAGCCGGACCUGAUCGCCCCCGGGGUCAAUAUCCUGGCCGGGUGGACUGGGGCGGCGGGUCCGACGGGGCUGUCCGGGGACUCGCGUCGGGUGGUAUUCAACAUCAUCUCCGGGACCUCCAUGUCGUGCCCCCACGUCAGCGGCAUCGCCGCCCUCCUCAAAGCGGCCCACCCGGACUGGAGUCCCGCCGCCGUCCGCUCCGCCCUCAUGACCACCGCCUACUCCGCCUACCCCGGCGGCGAUAGCGGCCUUUUUGACGUCGCCACCGGCAAGGCCGCCACCCCCUUCGACUACGGCGCCGGCCACGUGGACCCCCCGCGCGCCGUGGAUCCGGGCCUCAUCUACGACCUCACCACUGAGGACUACAUCGACUUCCUCUGCGCGCUUAAGUACACCUCCCGCCAUAUCGCCACUGUGGCCAAAAGAACCAACUACACCUGCGACGGUACGAAGACAUACGCGGUGUCGGGACUCAACUACCCGUCCUUCGCGGUGGUGUUCCAAAGGGCGAGCGGGGCCGGCGGCAGGGUGGCGACGGUGAAGCACACGAGGACGGUGACCAACGUGGGGGACCCGGGGACGUACAAGUCGACGGUGACGACUGCGGUGGCCGGCGGGGCAGUGAAGGUGGUGGUGGAGCCGGCGGAGCUGAGCUUCACGAAGAAGGGGGAGAGGCGGAGCUACACGGUGAGCUUAUCAUCGCCGUCGCUGCCGUCGGUGUCGUCGGGGUUCGGCCGGCUCGAGUGGUCCGACGGGAAGCACGUCGUGGCCAGCCCCAUCGCGUUCAGCUGGACGUGAGGUCAAUGUCAUCAAUGGAAACGGUGGAACACUAGCGCCCUCCGUCGCUGUUUUGAGUCUAAUUAUUACUUGGACCGGGCCCCACUUAUUUCACCAAUUCUCGUUUGAGCGUUAUCCACCGUUCAUAGGCGCCGCGAUUAGAGCUGGUCCACUUGGACCUGGUCCACUCAAUUACUUCUGAAGAUUGGGACGUGCCAGCGACACGGGGCCAGUGUUUGCUUCCUGUUACUUCCACGUGUGAUUAUAUUAUUGCUGUCUGCUGGUUAACUUGGUCAAAGGGGAAAGUGAGAACAGUUUACUUCGGUAAUUUGUAUGAUAUAUAUAUAUAUAUAUAUAU